ACGUCCGGGUAGCAAUCAAGCUCGCGGUUAACAUCGCAUUCCAGCUAGCAUUGUCACAUCGAGACUAGACAAAUGUCGUGAUAUGAUAAAGCUACAUAGGUACCGAUGUGGGAAUUGAUACUAUAUGAUUGCGGGUUGAACCCAUGUGAUACGAUUUAUGGUUACUUCGCCGAAUUCCUAAGAGAAGUCAUACAGAGCCAAGUCAACUAAGAAAUCAACUGUGAAUUCGAUCUCAAGAUGGCUUCUUCAGAGGGAAAGAAACAGAUUUUGCUGAAUGCAUUUGAUAUGUCAACUGUUGGUCACCUCUCUCCCGGCCAAUGGAAGAAUCCCGUCGAUAAAUCAGCAACGAAGCGCAAUCUUGAGUAUUGGAUAGAGCUCGCGAAACUGCUGGAUAAGGGAGGAUUCAACGCUCUAUUCCUUGCUGAUACAUAUGGAGGCUAUGACACCUAUGAGGGAAGCUUAGAUAACUGCAUCAGACGAGCUGCUCAAUGGCCAAUGACCGACCCAACUAUCCCGAUCGCGGCAAUGGCAGCUGUGACAAAGAACUUGUCAUUUGCCAUCACUGCUUCGACAUCCUUUGAACCCCCUUUUCUAUUAGCAAAGCGAUUUUCGACCUUGGAUCACUUCACUGGGGGUCGAUUCGGUUGGAAUAUUGUCACCUCAUGGAAGAAGGCGGCGUUUAAAGCUAUCGGCCUCGAUAAUCCCAUUGAGCACGACGAGCGUUAUCGCCAAGCCGAUGAGUAUUUGAGAGUCCUAUACAAGCUUUGGGAGGGCUCAUGGGCCGAUGAUGCCAUAUCCCCUGAUCCGGAGAACGACAGCUAUGCGGAUCCAGACAAGAUCCGUACAAUUAACCACAAGGGGAAGUAUUUCACACUCAACUCACGUCACAUCGUCGACCCGACUCCUCAGCGGACUCCUUUCUUAUUUCAAGCUGGAACUUCACCCGCAGGUUCCGAGUUUGCUGCUACACACGCGGAGGCAAUUUUCGUGUCCUCUCACUCACCUUCUGUUCUUCGGCCCAAGAUUGCCAAGAUCCGAGAGUUAGCCGCUUCUAAGGGUAGGGAUCCGAGCUCACUCAAGUUCUUUUCAACCCAUACCCCUAUUAUUGGGCGUACCGAUGAAGAAGCACGCGCGAAGUAUGAGGAACUCCAGAAAUACGGCUCGGUCGUCGGUGGCCUUGUCUUGGUUAGUGGGUGGACUGGAAUUGACUUAUCUAAGAUCCCCUUGGAUCAAGAGAUCACCGCAGCGGAUUCGCUGGAGGCUCAUAAAGUACGCAGCAUCUUAGACUCAUUUACUACUACAAGUGAGAGCAUACCGAAAUGGACGCCUCGUGUGAUAGCUCAAAAAGCAUUCAUUGGAGGUCUUGGUCCAAUUAGUAUCGGGAGUCCCCAGACUGUAGCCGACGAGCUGGAACGUUGGGUCCGAGAGGCAGAUGUGGAUGGGUUCAACCUUGGCUAUGUGACUACCCCCGGCUCGUUUGAGGAUGUAGUUGAGCUCUUGAUUCCUGAGUUGCGACGUCGGGGGAUUUACCCAGACCCACCGGAAGAAGGGGAGAAGCUUACUGCUAGGGAGAGGGUAUACGGAAAGGGGCAACGUGGACUCAGGGAAGACCACCCUGGGUCUGCGUACAAAUAUGAUCGAUACCAGGAGGAUCCGCCAUAUGAAGAGGAAGUUCCUACCAAGAAUGGAGACAAUUAGGUGUCAUACAAGAUCUGUCAUUAUAGUCACUAGGACGGUUAGAUCAACAAACCACAAAGGGGUCAUUUCUCAGGAUGCGACCGCAAAACACUCAUCGUACGUUACACACACACUCAAUUAAUGUUGCCCCCACCUUGCUUCGACGCCUCCUUUCACCGGAGUAUGACGACUAUGGCGUGCAACCUAUAUUGGGGAACCCCGCCCAUGCCCUAUGGCGUGAUUGGGUUCCUCAUCUUGCGUGAUCGUAGCCAAGCAAGCCGCAAUACCAAACCAUACGAAUCACUACCUAGGUACGGCAUCGUAUGGCGAUAGCUUGCAAUCGGGCGGGCGAAAGCGCCGGCAGUCGGAGGCCAUUGUCGAUUGGAUAGUCUAGUCCCGAUACUGCAAUGAUGCAACAAUUAAGCUACGUAAAUGCCUUCGAACAAAUAGGCCGGAAUAUCAACA